AUGAGAUUUUCCGCCUUCCUGACCGCCGUCCUCACCGUCGCCUCCGGCGUCGUCGCCGUCGACCAGAUGAAGUCCGUCAUCAUCUGGACCGACAAGAAGUCCGUCACCCAGGACAUGAUCGAUCGUGCCAAGGCCGCCAUUGUCGAGGCUCAGGGACAAAUCACCCACACCUACAACAUGCUCGAUAACUUCAGGGGUUUUGCUGCGAUUGCGCCAGCCAAGGCCCUCGACGACAUCAAGGCUUUUGGCGGCGAUGACAUGAACGUCGACGAGGAUCAGAUUGUCAGCGGCUAA